UGGGCUCUUAAAGGGACAGUGUGCAGCGGGGCUGUGUGGGCUCUUAAAGGGACAGUGUGCAGCGGGGCUGUGUGGGCUCUUAAAGGGACAGUGUGCAGCGGGGCUGUGUGGGCUCUUAAAGGGACAGUGUGCAGCGGGGCUGUGUGGGCUCUUAAAGGGACAGUGUGCAGCGGGGCUGUGUGGGCUCUUAAAGGGACAGUGAGCAGCGGGGCUGUGUGGGCUCUUAAAGGGACAGUGUGCAGCGGGGCUGUGUGGGCUCUUAAAGGGACAGUGUGCAGCUGGCUGGCUCCGGAGCGCGCCGCGCGCUGUGUUGCGAAUGGGAGCCGUUCUCCUGUGGUGAAGAUGGAGGUUUUGCGCCGCUCCUGUGCUGCUGCUGGCCGCUGAGAGGAGAGGAGAGGAGAGGAGAGGAGGUGUGUGAGGGGAUGCAGUCAGCAACAGAGGAGAACAGUUGUGAUGGCGCCUCGGGUGUGCCUACAGGUUCGGUGGUGCAAGUGUGUUUCCCCAACGUGCAGGCAUCUGUGCUGGACAGCCUUAACCGACAGCGUGAGGACGGCCAGCUGUGUGACCUCUCCAUACAUGUGCAGGGACAUGUUUUUAAAGCCCAUCGCUGCGUCUUAGCUGCCUCCUCACCUUACUUUCAUGACCAGGUUCUACUGAAGAACAUGUCCACAGUGUCCAUUCCAGCUGUUAUGGACCCACUGGCUUUUGAGAGGGUCCUAAGCUGUGCCUACACUGGCCAGUUGCAAAUGCUACGUGAAGACAUCGUCAACUACCUCACCAUUGGGAGUGUGCUCCAGAUGUGGCACAUAGUGGACAAGUGCACAGAGCUACUCCGAGAGGACCGAGGAGGUUCCUCUGGCCCACAGGGUACAGCACCAUCCUCAGAGAGCACUAGAUGCAACAGUAUUGCUAACAGGGAUUCCUAUGGAGGAGAAGGACACACGCAGUCUAUAGUGCAACCUCUGAACCGUCCCUCACUGAUAGAGAGUCAGUCUCCCAGCAGUACGAACUACUUCAGCCCCAAAGAUGCUAGUUUUGGUGGAGCAAUGGCAAGUAGUGGAACAGUGGGAGAUGGAGGCAUACAUUCCACUCCGAACUACUGCAUGUCAUCCAGUCGAGAAGAUGCUUUCCUAAUUGAUGAGGAGGAAGAAGAGGAUGAUGAGCUUGUGUACCCAAGGAAACAGGACCAGGGGAGUGGCAGGAGGAAGAAGCCUGCGCCUGCCUCUGAUCAAGAAAUGGGAGUGAGUGACAGUUUUGGGGUUUCGUCCUACCAAGAUAUAGAGUCCUCUCCACCGCAGAAGCGUCCCAUGUAUAGCCAGCCGAGCAUCAUGCCUCGGAAGCAGUGGGUGGUGGUAAAAACCGAGCGCUCCAGGGACGAUGACCUCAUCAUGGUCUCUGGAGAAGAAGGAGGUGAAAAUGAAGACGAGCAGGACUUGGAGAAGGAGAGAGAAAGGGAGAGGACAUUUAAUAUUUCUAAUGUUAGGACUCUUUCUGCAGACCUCAGCAGCAGGGAGGAAAUUGAAGCACAGGUUGACUACUGCCAAUCACCUGAAGACUACCUCAAGUUUGAAAGUGGUUUGAUGGACCAAACGUCAUCACAGCACACUUUGGAGAACCCCAGCCAGAGUAGCAGUCGGGCAGUUAGUGCAUUACUGAGCUCAGUCCAGACAGCUGCUGCUAGAACACAGCUCUUCCCACUGGACAUGCAAGGGAACCAGAUUGUUCUCUAUAACCAGCCUUCUCCUACAGUUGGCCUGCAGGAAUCUUUGCCUGGGGUGUCAUUAAAAGGAACUUCGGAGCAUGGGACAGUCCAAUUGACUGGGCAGGGUGGAAUGGACAGUGGCUUAGACGGGUUAGAUGGCAACGGGGCUGGCGCUACAGGCAAAGUCUUUAUGUGCCACUGUGGCAAAAGGUUUACUCACAAGAGCAUGCGAGACCGCCACAUCAACAUGCAUCUCGAUCUGCGGCCUUUCCACUGUCCAGUUUGCUCCAAGAAGUUCAAGAUGAAGCACCAUCUCACAGAACACAUGAAGACGCACACGGGGUUGAAGCCCUACGACUGCCUUAGCUGUGGGAAGAAGUUCAUGUGGCGCGACAGCUUCAUGAGGCAUCGUUCUCACUGUGAUCGGCAUGGCGGCAUCAGUGGUACUAGCGAGGCCCAAGGUUCAGAAGGGUCAGUUGUUUCUCCUCAGAAUCCUCUUCAGCACCAGCCUUCAGGCAACAAAGGUACUCAAGGCAGCGCUGGAGGCAGAAGUGGAAUCCCAGUUUUGUCUCCACACCACUCCAGUAGUAGUAGCAGCAGCAGUAGCAGUAGAAGUGGUCUGAGCAUGGCAGUCCCUGGGUCUCUUUUAGGGAUAAAUCCCCAAAGUGGAAUGUAUGGCCAUGGCUCUGGUGUUCUCGGGCUGGAGGUGAGCCAGAGUGAAUGUGGGGAAGAUAUAAGUGAGGUUUGUAUCGGUGAAAACAGUGUCACUUAAGCAUCGCUUUUAAGUUAGCAUCCUUUCGAAAACUAAAUAUUGCCACAUGGGUCCAUGUGUACAGUUGUCCAAUUGUGAUAGUGUCCGUGAGCAUGAUCCAUGUAACGAGACAGGAAAAGUUUAUUUAUCAGUCUUGGAGCAUUUAUAUGUAGGAUGUUGAUAUUAGAGCACUUUUUUUUAAAAACCAAAAUUCUCCUUGGUGCAUUAAUGUAAAAUGGUGCACAGUCCAGCGAAUGUUAUGAUUUGUUAUAAUUUAAAGAUUAAAUAAGAAUUGAUCUUUUGGACAGUUUGGGCACCACAUCACAGAGAGGGAGAUAUAACACAUGGGCUCUUAUUUACACAUCUGAUGAUGAUUUGUGUGCAAGAGCCCACAACGUACUGAUCAUUUCAUCCUAACUUCAGGCAGCACUUUGAUUUGGUGCACACAAAGCGACGUGUUCAGAGUCAGCCGUCAGUAUUUACGUGAGGAAAGUCACUCCUGUUCACAGAUACUUAAAGCACAUGGCUGAUUUUCUGGCUGUGACGUUUAGAUUAGAUUAUGCAAGUCACCUGAGUGUCGUUCACACCUCUGGGGUUGCCAGAUAUGGACCGAAGAGACAGGGACUGGUUGCACAGAACACCUCAGGUUUUCAUCUUAAGUAUGGCGCUUGAGGCUUAAGUUCUCCUUCAUUGAGGGAUUGACUUUGGCCCUGUAGUUUAAAAAAAAAAAGAAAGAAAAGAAGACGAGAAUACCAACUUGGUCAUUGGAGGAAAAGAUUAUACUUCUGGAGGAAUACAAUAAAAGAAAGCACAUACUAAAAAGUUAAUUUCAUUCUCAAAUAACAAACAGAACACAAUGAAUGUGGGAGGAAAUUGCAAUGAAAAGUAAUUCAUAAGCUUCAUAAUUAAUUCAUAAAUCACUUCAUGAACUUGGCCAUGUUGCAGUUAAGAUGGAGUCAGAGGUACGUUCAGUUGUUUUCCUUACUUUGCUUGUUAAAUUCUUUUGUCAGGGAUGAGAAUUUUCCGCCAAAAUGAUCGUUUUUGAGAUCGAUGUAAAUCCGUUGAGAAAUUUUCGGGGUGUAUGGUUAACGAUCUGUGCUCACCUUGUAACGUCCUGAUUCUCGGUGGCUCCGGGUUAACACACUCGAGUCUUUCGACAUGUCGUAAUUAACAUUCCUACUUUUGCGACAAUGUUCGACUUAUUUGCGGUAGAAUUUUCGGGAAAUCGCAUCGCGUGCAGCGUAUAAACACAAGUGCGCAUGCUCUCCACGCGUGGCUUGCAAUCGCCGUUCACCGACCGUACACACUGUUUGACGGUACGCAUUGGUAACAUCGGAAAGACGCAGGCGGGAUAUUUUAGCGUAUCGACAAUGGCAAAAGUCCUCGAUUAGAAAGAAGAGGAUCGAGCGAGGGAGAUUGAUAAAGGUGCAGGGAUAAAGAACUGUUUUCGAUGGGCUUGGUUAGAAAGAACACUGAAUGUCGAGAUCGACGAGCAGACUGUCACAACGAAGCUCGGCGAUCACGUACGGAAACUAGACGUCCCAGGAAAAGUACUUUACUCAUUGUGUUCUGACAUGAUAAACUCCGCUAGUAGAGGGGCGAGGACUAUCCAACUUCACAUACACACCAAAAACACACAGGCAGGGCCAAAAUUAUUCUGCCUGUUCAGUGAUUCAUUAUAUUUAUAAUGUAUAUCGCACGAAUCAAUGCUGUGUGUGUGUAUAUAAUCUCAAAUACAUGUCAUAUAUAAGUGUGUAUCUUUUAUAAAUGGGGUUAGCUUAUCUAAUGUAGCAUGUUGGGGAGAAUCAUAGUAUCAUAUCUAUAUUUCUGAUAAAAUUUGAGGUAUGAUGCCGUGUAUAACUCUCCUAAUUAUUGCUCAUUUCAUAGGGGGACGGCUGGGGGGGGAAUUGCUGGCGUGUGCCGCGCGGGAGCGUCUGCCCAAAUUUUUUAGGCCGAGAUGAACUUAUAGUUUUUGAUUUAAAAAAAAAAGUCCAAUCUGUAAUGCCCAUUGUACACGCCUGUUCUUUAAUUCAAACCCACCAUCUCGAUCUUCAGGUUGCCCGUAUGGUAUCUGUAUUACAUCACACAACAUCCUGUCCAGAUAAAACCUCGUUAGUCCACACAGCAGUUGAAAGGGAAGUGAUGAGUGGUGUUGAAUGUUGCCUGCUUAAUAUGCAAGACCUCCUGCUACCAUGAUAACAUCAGAAGAAAGCUUCAGAGAAUUAUAUGAUGGAACUUUUUUCUAGUUUGCACUUCAUUGUAAAGGAUUAGAGUAUUCAAAGACAUGAAUAGCUAAAAUGCAGAAAUAUAAUACUGUAGAGCUCGUUUAUAUUAAAAGGUGCAUUGAUUUUUUUAAAUCAUUAAUGUGAAUUGAUUAAAAACAAGUCUCUUGUCCCAUAUUAAUCAUUUUCACCUGGGAGUCACCAAGAAGGGGAAUUUAUUUCCAAAUACAUUGCAACUUUUUGCUGAUAAAAUUAAUGGUUUUGGGGUUAAAAAAAAAGCCAAAAAUCAUUAGCCCCCGCCCCCUCCACCGGGGCUCUGCCCCUGGGGCCCGCUGGGAGCCUGCGGCCCCCAAACCCCCGGCUUUUUUCAGACUUUUUAAAUAUUUUUCAUUCUCAUCCCUGUUUUAUGCAAAGGUUUAAUGAAACCAAGAUAAGGAGAAAAUGGUAAAUAUGUCAGCGAACAUUUUAAAGAAACCUGAAGGAGAAGACUUAAGGGUGUUUUGUGCAACUGAUUUUAUUUUAAGGAAACCUUACCUCAGACUUUAAGGAAAAUCUUAACUUCAGGUGUUUUGUGCAGCCGGCCUCAAGGACUUUCUUAGUAAUGCCUUUAAACACAAGCGUGAUGUAAAACAUAAGAGAGAGAAUUGGGGGGGGAACUAAUAUGAUGUACAGUGGGGCAAAAAAGUAUUUAGUCAGCCACCAAUUGUGCAAGUUAUCCCACUUAAAAAGAUGAGAGAGGCCUGUAAUUUUCAUCAUAGGUACACUUCAACUAUGAGAGACAGAAUGGGGGGAAAGAAUCCAGGAAAUCACAUUGUAGGAUUUUUAAUGAAUUAAUUGGUAAAUUCUUCGGUAAAAUAAGUAUUUGGUCACCUACAAACAAGCAAGAUUUCUGGCUCUCACAGACCUGUAACAACUUCUUCUUUAAGAGGCUCCUCUGUCCUCCACUCGUUACCUGUAUUAAUGGCACCUGUUUGAACUCAUUAUCAGUAUAAAAGACACCUGUCCACAACCUCAAACGGUCACACUCCAAACUCCACUAUGGCCAAGACCAAAGAGCUGUCAAAGGACACCAGAAACAAAAUUGUAGACCUGCACCAGGCUGGGAAGACUGAAUCUGCAAUAGGUAAGCAGCUUGGU